CUGAGGACCCGAGAUGCUGAGCCUGGCUCUGAGAAAGCGGCUCCUGCCACCGCUUCCAGCUCCGCAUCCCAGCAGGGCAGGGAGGGGAGAGGGAGCUGGCAGCCCAGCCCUGCGGCUGGACCCCCCCGCCCCGCCAGCUCCGUCCCCCCCUCCUGUCCCUUCCCUCCGGUCACUUCGGUCCCCGCCAAGGAGCGUGGUGGCCCUGGCCGGGUGCUGCCGGUGGGCGGGUGACCAAGGAUGCUGCGCUAGGAGAUGCCGAUGGUGCUCACCCUGCUCGUCUCCCUCUAUAAACUGUGCCGGUUCAUCGCCAUGGCGGGUGCGGAGAGGCUGACGGUGCCCGAGUGUGUGAGCCAAGCGGGCAGCUGGGCAGGCGGGGGCAGCUCCAGGGAGCACCGGGAGGUUUCCCCUGGGGUGAACACGGACGUUCGGGCAGCCCUGGACCGGAUCCUGCCCGCCCUGCACCAGGCCAUCGCCCACGCCAAGAAGCCGGCUGGCCCCGCGGAGCUGAGGAAGGCCAUCACCGAAGUCUUCCAGCUGGUGGAGGAAGCCUGGGGGAUGCCCACGCUGGGGAGGGACGUGGCCAAAGUGCUGUGCGACGUGAUCCGCCUGGAGGGGGGCCUGGAUCUGCUCCUGAACCUGCUGUACACGGCAGAGCUGGAGACCAAAUGCCAGGCAGGAAAACUCCUGGAGCAGAUCCUGGUGGCAGAAAACAGGGAUCGGAUCGCUCGGAUCGGUCUGGGAGUGAUUCUGAACUUAACCAAGGAGCGAGAUAUUCCCCAGCUGGCACAGAGUGUCUCCGGUAUCCUGGAGCACAUGUUCAAACACACCGAGGAGACCUGUUUCCAGCUCAUCUCUGAUGGAGGCCUGGAUGCUAUCCUCUACUGGUGCCGCUGGACGGACCCCGUUGUGCUGCGGCACUGCGCCAUGGCCUUGGCCAACUGUGCCAUGUACGGAGGGCAGGCCAACCAGCGCCUGAUGAUCGAGAAGAGGACGGCGGAGUGGCUUUUCCCACUGGUGUUCUCAAGAGACGACGAACUAAUCCGCCUGCACGCGUGCCUGGCCAUCACGGUGCUGGCCACCAACAAAGAAAUCGAGAAGGAGGUGGAGCGCUCGGGGACUCUGGCUCUGGUGGAGCCGUUCAUCGCCUCGCUGGACCCAGAGCAGUUCGCCUGCGAGAUGUUGGGCAGCAGUGACAACAGCCAGGGGAGGACGGCGGACGACCUGCAGCGGCUGGUACCCUUGCUGGACAGCUCGCGGCUGGAGGCACAGUGCAUCGCUGCCUUCUACCUCUGCACGGAGGCUGCCAUCAAAACCAGGCAGAAGAACACAAAGAUUUUCAGUGAGACUGGGGCUACGCAGAGCCUGAAGAGGGUAGUGUGCUACUCCACCAGCAGCACCACCUCCUCUCUGGCCAAGAAGGUGCUGCGCAUGAUAGGGGAGGAGGUUCCUCGGCGCAUCCUGCCCACAGUUCCCAACUGGAAGCCCUGUGAGGUGCAGACGUGGCUGCAGCAGAUCGGAUUCAACAAAUACUGCCAGAGCUUUCUGGACCAUCAGGUGGAUGGGGACAUUCUCCUGAGGCUAACAGAGGAGGAGCUGCAGGAGGAUUUGGGGAUGGACUCCAGCAUCACUCGGAAAAGGUUUUUCCGGGAGCUGACAGAGCUGAAGACCUUCGCCAACUAUUCCACCUGCGACCGCAGCAACCUGGCCGACUGGCUGGGCGGCAUCGACCCCAAGUUUCGCCAGUACACAUACAACCUGCUGACAUGCGGCAUCAACCGCAACUUCUUGCACCGGGUGACGGAGCAGCAGCUGCAGGAGGACUGUCACAUCAACACGGGUUUCCACCGCGUCCGCAUCCUCACUGCUGCAAGGGAAAUGCUUCACUCCCCUAUAACGCUGCAAACUGCAUCCGAUGGGACUGACGUAUUUAUCAGCUACCGGAGGAGCACUGGGUCGCAGCUGGCCAGCCUGCUGAAGGUCCACCUGCAGCUGCACGGCUUCAGCGUGUUCAUUGAUGUGGAGAAGCUAGAGGCAGGGAAGUUUGAGGACAAGUUGAUCCAGAGUGUCAUGAGUGCCCGCAAUUUCGUUCUGGUCCUCUCGCCAAACGCGCUGGAUAAAUGCAUGGGAGACCCCGAGUGCAAGGACUGGGUGCACAAGGAGAUUGUGACAGCCCUGAGCUCUGGAAAGAACAUUGUACCUGUUACAGACCACUUUGAGUGGCCGGACCCAGAAACACUUCCCAAGGACAUGAGGGCUGUCCUGAAAUUUAAUGGUAUCAAGUGGUCCCACGAGUACCAGGAGGCCACAAUCGACAAAAUCAUCCGCUUUCUCCAGGGCCGUUCCUCCCGGGACUCCUCGGCUGGGUCGGAGAAUGGCCUGGACUGCUUGCCCUCCCUGGGACAGACCUAGAACCAGCACAGCUGCCUUGUCCCCUCCAGAGACUUCCCAGGUGACCCCUUUUUAUGUGGGGCCAAAUUUCUCCCUCUAGAUUUUUCCCCAUCUUAGUACCCUGGCUUGAGACAAGGCCUGUGGCUCAUUAGCCCCCCUUCACCCUCCAAAUGCAAGCCCUGGUGAGCCAAGCCAGGGUGGGCUCUGGGCUUGAUGAGUUGUCUUCCACACCCUCUCCUGGGGUAGCAGGACAUGCUGGCUAUAUCUCGUGCAAUGCAAGGGGUGUGAGGAGACCAACACGGUCCAGACUCCUGCAAAUUGCUGCAGCUUCCCUCAGAAACAUAUCCAAAGAGGAAGGAUCUUCUGAAGACUGAAAACUGAGGAAUUUGUGAGGGGUACAUCACAAGAAGACCUGUGAGAGAGCAGUUGAAACAGUCCAUAAGCAUCAUAUGGCCUCUGCUGUGUGCUGCAGGAAUCAUUGUGGUCAGAAGCUGAGAGCAGGAAAGUGCAAAUAAAACUUAAGCCCUAACGAAAUCCCCAUGUUUGGGAAAGAUAACACACAGAGGCCUUCUAAACUGCUCAGCAGCAGCUUUCUCUUUCCCAGGAACAGCCCCUUAUCACUACAGCUCACUCCCUCCUUGAGGGCCUUUCACCUCCUAAUGCUGCAAAACCACUUUGUGCUUUUAACUCUGGUGAUGGAAGUUUGAGGUAAGAUCAUGUGAAGUUUCUGCAGGAUCUUUGCAAAAAGUGAAAGAAAACCAACCCCCUUCCCUCCAUCUGAUGUCUCAGCUUUACCACUUUAUCAGGUCUGUACUUACAGGGCAUAGGAGGCUGGCUUGUGACUCUGAAAAACAUAUAUCUGUGCAGAUGCAGAAGACACUAA